CACAAAUUCUUAAUUCUCAAUUGUUUUUCAACAAGAGUAUAAAUUCAAAAAAGAAGAAGAAUUCAACAUAAUUAAAAUGCAGUAUGAAAAAAACCUGAACAAUGAAAGGACACUUAAGACACAGGCCGUCAACAAAUUGGCUGAGAUUAUGAAUCGAAAAGAUUUUAAACUAGAUAGAAAGAAAGUAAAUAUGCAAGAUUUCAAGAAAAAAGAGAAGGAAAACCGAAAGUUACAGUUGGAACUUAACCAGGAAAAGGAGAAAUCUAAUCAGAUGGCAAUAAAAUAUCAAAAGGAACUUAAUGAAAUGCAAGCGCAACUUGUGGAAGAGUCCACAUACAGGAAUGAACUUCAGAUGCAGCUGGAUAGUAAGGAGAGUGAUAUAGAACAAUUGCGCAGUAAAAUUUUAGACUUGCAACAAGGCAUGGACUCUACUAGUGUUGCCAGCCUUCAGGCUGAUGAAACAGAUGGAAAUGUUACAGAAUCAAGAAUAGAGGGCUGGCUUUCAAUACCAAACAAAGGGAAUAUUAAACGUUACGGAUGGAAGAAGCAGUAUGUUGUGGUCAGCAGCAGGAAGAUUCUAUUCUAUAACGAUGAACAGGACAAAGAGCAAUCUAAUCCAUCUAUGGUAUUAGAUAUAGAUAAAUUGUUCCAUGUUAGACCAGUUACACAAGGGGAUGUUUAUAGAGCAGAAACUGAAGAAAUACCCAAAAUAUUUCAGAUUCUAUAUGCCAAUGAGGGGGAGUGUAGAAAAGAUUUGGAAGUAGAAUCAGUACAGCCAGCAGAGAAGACAAAUUUUCUGCAUCAUAAAGGUCAUGAAUUUGUCCCAACUUUAUACCAUUUUCCAGCCAAUUGUGAGGCUUGUGCCAAGCCUCUCUGGCAUGUAUUUAAGCCACCCCCUGCAGUGGAAUGUCGCCGAUGCCAUGUUAAGUGCCAUAAAGAUCACUUGGAUAAAAAAGAAGAAUUAAUAGCACCAUGUAAAGUAAGUUAUGACAUAACUUCAGCAAGAGAUAUGUUGCUGUUGGCACCCUGUCAGGAGGAUCAGAAGAAAUGGGUUUCUCAUUUAAUAAAGAAGAUCCCCAAAACACCUCCAUCUAGUUUUGUUCGUGCUUCACCCAGGACUCUUUCCACAAGAUCUACAGCAAAUCAGUCAUUCAGGAAAGUUAAAAAUACUUCUGGAAAAGCUAGGUCAAAGGAAUAUGGAUCUGUGGGGGACAUUACUCAUUCAGAGAACUCAAGUUACUGUUAACAAUAUAUGCAAGCUUCAUGGAUCUGACAUGGUGCAGUCUGAGAAUGGUGGGCUUUUUUCACCAUACAGAGGUGUUCCGACCGGUUGUUCUUUCCGAUACAACUUUCACAAGCUUCAGGGCUAAGACUGCUAUUACUCACUCCUCCUUGCUUUGGCAUAAAAAGCUCGCUGAGGGUAUCUUAUUGCGGGUUUGCCUUAAGGUAGAUUAGAUUAAUUAUUACUAUGUAAUGCAAAUAAAAGCAAAUAAAGCUUAGGGUUAGUGCUGCCUUUGGAAAUUCCUAAAAAAUAAUGCUUGUCAAUCUUAAUGGAAUAUGGUAAGCUUUUCUCAUAUCAGUGAGAAUGAGAGAACUAUUUACCCUAUGAGAGGGGUAUUUAUAUUGGGAUAAGCACACAGACGAGUAUAGAAAGAAGGUAUCUCAAACUGAGAGAAGCUGAAAUUUUCAUUGAAGACUCGAAGUUGUGCUGAAGAAAGCAGCAAAAUUUGCUUGAAAACAAAGCCUUAUAUAAUCACUUGAACUUCAGUGCCUUUUCUGCAUUGUUAUUAAUGCUAAUCAUUCAUGAGAUAGCUCAAAAUAUUACACAUUUUGCUUUACAAAAUAUUAACUUCACAUAUUGGUAAAGGAGGAGAAAAUGAGUAAUUAAGGUAAUCUAUGCAUUAUUGCCAAGCCAUACAGAAUUGUUUUUCAAGUGGCAUUAGAAGUUACUGUUAAAACAACCAAAUUUGGAAGUGUAUUUUGGUACAUAGUUGUUCCAUAAAUUGUGUAACAUGUUUCAUUAACAAUUUGAAGUGUGAAUUACAGCAAGCAUACACACACACAUGCAUAUGUAUGCUCUGUUUAAAAUGUAAAUUAUUGUUAGAACACUUUUAUUGGAUGUUGCCCUUUUAGUGCCUUAUUCUGAGAACUCUUUUCCUCCUGUGUCAAAUAAGUUUAGAAAUCUCAAAUACAUAUUACUGUGUGUCAUUGGUUUUGAUUGAAUUAUUGUAGGAUCUACUUCCAUUUUCACUUGUACAAUCUUGAAUAAAACUGUCGGUUACCAAGAAAUAAUUUAAUCAUAAUAAAAAUAUUAAUAAAUGUUUGUACCAUGAAAACAAAUUAAACCUCUGUAACAUUUUAAAAUUCCAGGUAAUACAGGAGUUGAAUACUUUUAAAUUCUUGUCUUGUAGCAGGAAUAUUAUUAUGGUAUUAACCGUAUGAUUUAUUUUAUUUCUUAACCAAAUACCUCUUUAGUAAUUUAUAAUGGCUUUGCAGUUAUGUAUUAAAUAAGAAGCACUGGAAAAAUGAUUCGUCUCCAUGACGAUUUGCAUGUUUCAAGUGGUGUUGAAAGCCUCAGCAAUAGAUAUGUAAUAAGCAUAUCUGUUAAUAAAAUGGUAAUGACUCGUGCUCAUUUAAUACAAAAUAAAACUAAUUUAUGAAAUAAUUAUUUUGAAAAUGACUCUGGUAUUUUUCUCCAGAAUACACUUCCUAGGAAGUUUUGGAAACUGUUAUACUUUCAGAUGACCAACUGUCAGCAUAUUUAAAUCUGAUGCAACUUGAUAAUUUUUUAAAAAUUAAAUUUUUAUAAUGUCAUAAUACAUUUUAAUACAGGGUAAAGUAGUAGAAAUCUCAUAGGAUAUUAAAGAACUUGUUUUGAUAACAUAAAUUGUUAAAUCCCAUUUAACUAAGCGCAUAAUGAUUUCCAUCAGAAGGAUUAUACCAGGUACACAGCUCUUAAACUAUUAUAUUUACAUGUAUUUUAAUUUAUGCAUGAAUCAUGGUUGUUAAUAAAAAUAUGUCAAGUUGAUUUCUGCACUCUGGAAAUCAGUGAUAAUGCUCUAUCGCUAUACACAAAUAUUGUGGACUCUAGCAAAGCUUAGAUAAGUGAUAGAGUUGAUCAGUGAAGAUUGACAAUGAAUACUGAAAAGUUAAGAGACUUUAGGAUGCAGAAAAGAAAUCUAAAGAAGGCCAGAGGAGUUUGAUUUUGUCAAAGUGGUCUGAGAAAAGAGGACAGAGUGUUUGAGAUAGGAAGACGAAAGACUGUGGGAUGACUGACAAGUAGCAUGAUAGAAGGCACAAAGAUCAGCAAGUGGAAAGAAGGAACAAAGGAGGAUCCAUGUGCUUGAGAUACCAGAUGGUAUACAGCCAAAAAGAUGGGACUGACAGGUGGAGAACAAGUUUUGUAACUGAUUCAGAGCUUGGAAAGAUUGACAGAGUGAUUAUGGUAAGAUGGGCUGAUUUGUCUAUAGUGAAGACAGAAACUAUCUUGAAACUGAGAAGAUGGUUAACCAAGGAUAUGGUUACAGAAUUUAUAGGGUGAAAAUGUAUGGAAUUUGAAAUGGUUUGAGCUUGAAAUGCUCUACAGUAUUCCAAAUUGAAAAUAGAUGUUCCAACUGUUGUUGAAGAGUUCUGACCUCUAAAUGGCACCAUUUUGAGUUGGAAAAAUUUUGUCAGAAUAAUGGCAGAAUGAUUCUAGUGAGGUUCAGAACAACCCAUUUCAAUCUUGCUUUUAUUUUAUCCUAAUUAAAAUUGAGGGUUUUUUUUAAAAAAAAAAAACUCCAUGAAGACAAAUAGGAGUUAAUAGGUUUGGGGGGGGGUUUUACAAAUAGGUAUAAACAUUACCUGUAAAUGUGCAAUUUACAAUUUUCUUGCCACUAUUAACAAUUUUGAUAAAUGGGAUGAGGGAUGCCUAGGAGGAAGAUAGAAAUAGCCUAAAAAGUACAUAUCCAAAUAGUAGCUUAACACCAAAACUGGCAUAGAAUUGUAUAUGAUAGGGAGAGGUAUACUGAUGCAGAACAAUACUGGUCCUGCUAUGAAAUGUUGCCAUGCAUUCUGGAGAAUUAUGCCUAAGCCCAAAAUUUAGGGUACCCAAUUGUUUAAUCUCCAGGGGCUAUUUUGUAAUGUUCAAGAAUUCAUUCCUGUGGUGUGUAAUUGUAAAAAUCUAGUCAUGCCUAGUUGUGAAUUUGAUGUCAGGCACCUCCCUGCAGUGUCAGUAUAUUAUGUGUUUUAAUGCUACAAUUUCAACUAUAUAAUGUAUCAGGUUCUGUAUUUCUAGUACUGUUAAGUUUUCAUUUUGCUGGUUGGUUCUUUGGUAUUCCUCAACCCAUAUGUAUAUAUUUGGCACCAUAUAAAUCCAUUUCAUGAAUCAUUUGGAGUAGCUGUUGCCUGUAAAACAUUAUGCUGCAAUAAACCAAUGAGUCUUUGAAUUGCCAA